CAAACUUUGAAUAAAUAUGUGUUUGCCUCUCUCCAUCACUUUUUUCACCGAUUAAAAAAAAGCAAGUCUCCAAAAGUUCUUAAGCUCUUCUCACUUUCAAGUCAUAAUCGUCUCUCUCUCGUCUCUAUUGAUGCUUUUCGCGCCCUCUCUUUCUCUCUAGAUCCGACGAGUCUUAUUUUUGCGAAAUCUUUUCAGAGAGCUCUGUAUUGAUUUACAAAUUACACUAUUACACAUCUUUAUUGAUCGGUUUCGCAAACCCUAGCUCCGGCGAUCUUAAAAUCUUCGAAUUCCAUGGCGUCUUCACCUGGUAAUAGUAACCCUCUCAAUCCACCUCCGUUUGAUCUCAGUAAUUUCUUUAAACCCUCAUCGAGCCCUUCUCCUCCGCCGUCGGCAUCUUAUCCUCCGCCCACAGGUCCUUCUCUACACAACCAGUACAAUCAGCAGCUCUACGCUCCGCCGGGUAUCGCCGUCCAACCAUCGCCGGUGACUCAGACGCAAGAUCAGCAACAAUAUGUGCCUUCCCCGUCCUCCGCGGCUAACCUGCACCCACAGAGAACACUAUCUUAUCCCACGCCACCUCUAAAUCUCCAAUCGCCCCGUUCCAACCACAAUCCCGGAACGCAGAUCCUCGCUCUCCUCAACAAUAAUAAUGGCGGAGGCGGCAGGGACGGCGCCGUUGCCGUCCAAGAGCCGUCGCAUCAGCUCCCUGGCGGUUCGCUUCCUAUUCGUAUCCCGAGCUGUAAGCUUCCCAAGGGAAGGCGAUUGGUUGGUGAACACGCGGUGUACGAUGUGGACGUGAGAUUACAUGGAGAGAUUCAGCCACAGCUGGAGGUGACUCCGAUUACCAAAUACGGGUCGGAUCCUCAGCUCGUAGUGGGUCGGCAGAUCGCCGUGAAUAAGGUCUACAUAUGCUACGGUUUGAAAGGCGGAAACAUUCGGGUUCUCAAUAUAAACACCGCACUGAGGGCUUUAUUCCGAGGCCAUUCUCAGCGAGUGACGGACAUGGCCUUCUUCGCUGAGGAUGUUCAUCUAUUGGCUAGCGUAAGCUUAGACGGGAAGGUCUUCGUGUGGAACAUUUCUGAAGGAUCUGAAGGAGAUGAUCAGCCUCAGAUCACCGGGAAGAUAGUUCUUGCUCUUCAGAUACUAGGAGAGGAAGACACCAAACAUCCACGUGUGUGUUGGCACUUCCACAAGCAGGAAAUUUUGGUAGUUUCUAUUGGUAAACAUGUGCUACAAAUUGAUACUACCAAAGUUGGCAGAGGUGAAGUAUUCUCUGCUGAGGCACCUCUCCAGUGUCCCCUUGAUAAACUGAUUGAUGGUGUCCAAAUUGUGGGGAAACAUGAUGGAGAAGUUACGGAUUUGUCAAUGUGCCAAUGGAUGACCACACGCCUGGUUUCUUCUUCCGUUGAUGGCACGGUUAAGAUAUGGCACGAUCGGAGGGCACAACCAGUUGCAGUUUUGAGACCUCAUGAUGGUCAUCCGGUCAAUUCAGCCACAUUUGUGACAUCCUCUGAGAGACCUGAUCACACCAUACUUAUCACGGGGGGUCCUCUAAAUCGAGAAAUAAAGAUUUGGGUCUCAGCUGGGGAAGAAGGGUGGCUCCUACCAGGUGAUUCUGAGUCAUGGAAGUGUACCCAGACACUUGACUUGAAAAGUUCAACCGAGCCACGAGAUGAAGCGGCAUUUUUCAACCAAGUCAUAGCAUUGUCUGAAGCAGGCCUUCUUUUACUGGCAAAUGCGAAAAGGAACGCCAUAUAUGCCGUGCAUUUGGACUAUGGCUCUUGUCCAGUUGAUACACGGAUGGAUUACUUGUCAGAGUUUGCAGUGACUAUGCCUAUACUGAGUUUUAUUGGGACAAAUGAUCCUCCAGAGGAACCCAUUGUUAAGGUUUAUUGUGUUCAGACUCUAGCAAUCCAGCAGUAUACUUUAGACUUAUGCUUGUGCUUGCCACCUCCUAUAGAAAAUGUGGGCUUGGAGAAGUCAGAUUCUAGUUUGCUGGGGGACGCAAAUCUUGUUGAAGGCACGUCAGAACCUAAACCAUCUACUCUGGUGAAUAGAUCGGAAAGUGCUAACACAUCGAGCUUUCCAGCGGAUUCUGCAUUAGCGGAUACCACAUCACCAGCAAUUGUUCUAUACAAUGGUGUGCCAAAAACUUCUGGGCUGCCAUCAGAGACCAGUGAUGCAGGUUCUGCGUAUGCUCCUUCACCCCAGCUUCCUCUAAGUCCCAGACCGUCGAGUAAACUUUCUGGCUAUCACACUCCUGUAGAUGAUUUGGAGCAAGUAGUACCUCGUCGUGAGCUCGCUGGCAAAGCACCUUCUGCUGAUUAUUCUGUUGAUAGGCAAAUUGAUACUGUUAGAGAAAGAAAUUCGGAUGCGUCUCCCGUAGAGGAAAGCUCAAGAAGCAAGGACAAGAAUGUUACACCUGAUGAUGAUGUGUCUGGUACUCGAAGCCCUCCACCUUUGAAAUUCCCCUAUCAUCUUAUAACUCCUUCAGAGAUAUUUAAGGGCGCUUCGUCCACUGAGGCCUCCAUUACAACUACUGUAGAGAAGAGAGAUAGAGAUGCAAUUAUUCAGGAUGUUAAUGAUGAUGCAGUAGGCACUGAAGUCGAGGUGAAAGAAAUAGGCGAAGCAGGCUCGACACAGAAUGGGGAAAUUAACUAUCAUGAAGAAACUGCGAAUCACGCUUCAGAAAAUAGAGCAAAAAUCUUUUGCUCACAGGCCUCGAAUCUCAGCAUGGAGAUGGCAGGAGACCGUCAUCCUAAUACAGAGGAAAGUUUCAUUCCGGAGGAGUCUAUGGCUUAUGGACAAUCUUUACAAGCUGGAGAUGAAAGUGGUCUUGGCUCAAGAGCUGUGUCUUCAAAGCUUCCUGAGCCGGUUUCAUCUAGUGGGCUUCCACAAUCGGCAGCUACAAAUAGCAAAGUGAAGAAACAGAAGACCAAAAGUUCACAGGGUCCCGGUUUGACAUCUACAUCCUCAAAUGUUGCCACCCUGAUUGACUCCUACAACGAGCAAAGUCUGAGCUUAAGUCAACCAAUAACAGAUUCACUUCCCCAAAUCUUAGCUAUGCAAGAAACAAUGAAUCAGAUAAUUGCUUCGCAGAAGGAGAUGCAGAGACAACUAUCAAAUGCUGUGAAUGGCCCUAUCAUUAAAGAAGGUAAAAGACUAGAAGUGGCUUUAGGGCGAAUGAUUGAGAGAACCUGCAAGUCAAAUGCGGAUGCUCUCUGGGCCCGUAUCCAAGGGGAGACUGUUAAGAAUGAAAAGGCAUUGGAUGACCAUGCCCAACAAAUUGUGAAUGCAACGACGAACUUCAUGAGCAAGGAGUUAAGUACCAUGUUUGAGAAAGCGAUAAAGAAGGAAUUUGCUGCAAUGGGUCCAGCCCUAGCACGUGCAGUAACGCCAUCAAUUGAAAAAACUGUUUCUUCUGCAAUCACAGAGUCCUUCCAGAGAGGAAUUGGUGACAAAACAGUCAAUCAGCUUGAAAAGUCUGUCAUGUCAAAACUUGAAACAACCAUCGCUAGGCAAAUUCAACUCCAAUUUCAGACCUCUGGCAGACAAGCCCUCCAGGAUACUCUUAGCUCGAGCAUGGAGUCCUCAGUCAUGCCUUCCUUUGAGAGUUCAUGCAAGACAAUGUUUGAGCAAAUAGAGUCAGCCUUCCAGAAAGGGAUUGCUGAGCACACGAGCGCAGCCCAGCAACAGUUUGAAUCCAGACACUCGCAGCUUGCUCAUACUCUGAGGGAAACCAUUACUUCUGCCUCAUCAGUUGGUCAAGCCCUAAGUCGUGAAUUAGCCGAGAGUCAAAGGAAUCGCUUAUCUCUCACAGCUGCUGGAUCAAACCCACCAAAUCCCUUGGUUACUCAACUAAGUAACGGACCGUUAGCUGCGUUUGUUGAAAAGGUUGAGGCACCAAUGGACCCAACAUCUGAACUAUCCAGGUUGAUAUCUGAACGCAAGUACCAAGAAUCUUUUACCUCGGCUCUACACAGAAGCGACGUCUCUAUAGUUUCAUGGCUUUGCUCACAGGUGGAUCUUCGUGGACUAUUGGCUAUGAGUCCGCUUCCGCUGAGCCAAGGCGUGCUUCUGUCGCUGCUACAACAGCUAUCCUGCGACAUCAGCAAGGACACAUCCCGUAAGCUUGCUUGGAUGACUGAUGUGGUUGGAGCCAUAAACCCAUCAGACCAGAUGAUUGCGGCCCACGCUCGGCCAAUCUUUGAACAAGUCUAUCAGAUUCUGCACCACCAGCGUAACGCAUCGGGCAGCGACGCCUCUGCCAUCAGACUUAUAAUGCACGUCAUCAACUCCAUGCUUCUUAGUUGCAAAUGACAACUCCCUGGUCUCGUUGUCUCUUUGUGUUCACAAAGCAUAGGGAAUCAAAUAGUUUCUCCGGUCUACUUUUUUUUUAGAUUUUUUACUUUUCAUUUUUCUUUUAAAUGUAAAAUCUCUCUUUCUACGUCUAAAUUGUUGAGAAGGCUUUAGUGGACGAAGAACUUCGUGUUGCUGAGUGCAGUAAGGCUUAAAAAACCAUGAUCAGGCAUUCUAUAGAUUUUUUAAAAUAAAAUUGAUCAUGAAGCAACACGAAAGGUUACAUGUAGUCCAAAGGGGAGUAAAUAAAUAUUCUUCUUUGCUA